AUGGUCAAUUCUGGCUCAGAAGCACUAUCUCGCCUUAAUAAGUAUAUUGUUGCAAGAGCGCGGACACUGAAGAUUAAAUCAGCUUCUCGGUGUUCGCCUACAGUAUUUUAUAGAAACUGCUGGAUGCAUCGUCUUCCGGGGGUACUUAUAGAUGUGCCUCUGUCCAGGAGCAGAGGCGCCCAUUUGGUCAAUUAUUACUACGCGAAGACGGCUCGGCAGUGCAGCCGGACUUGCUGCCUCAGGCGGAAUGAUACUUGUAACAUAGCCGUUUUCAAACUUGUUCAAGAUCAGAGCCGUUCCAACUGUUUUCACCUCAACUGCCCAAGUCAGGAAAGUUGCAUAAUGAGAAGGAAGAUUGAUUUUAUACUCUUUAACGUUACAAGAGGACAGGAUCCAGAUUUGCUCAUUUUUGGAAAUCGCCGUAUUAAAGGUAGAGAGCCAAGCUUUCGUUUCUCAACCAACGCAUCAAGAUUUAAUAAUUCAGAAUAUCUCGGUUUGGAGAAGCAACGCCACCACAACAGGUACAUUUCCCUUCCAUCACAAGCCACUCUUCCCACUUACAACUGGAAUAAGUCUGUGUCACUGCCACCACAGAUACCUCUUCCUUCCAUAUUCAAUCUAGUGUCCAGCAACGAUUCUCAAAAUAUUUCAAGUGGUGCUAGUAGGAGCCGAACCUACUCACCUGAGCCGUCAGAGGCUCCAGCCUUAGUCGAAGGCGAUGUGGCCAUUCGCAUCAUGACGCAAGGAAUGGUCCAGCUCUCUCACUUCCCAGCUGCCAACUACUAUACCCAAGGAUCUGCUUAUGUUACACCGACUUCUAACAUCCUCCCUCUGAACCAGGGGAACACCACCAAAGGGACCUCUGACAAGAAUCAGACCAUUGCUAACAUCACUACUCCUUCACCUUGGCAACUGGGCCCAGAGGUUUUGUUGACUCCCUUGUUGAUGAUUUCAUUAAUCACAUUGACCUGUUUGUGUACUCUUCUGUGGAUAGCGGCACAAUGCAGGAAAAACAGGGGUUACUGUGAAACUGUCCAGCCAGGUGAUGCUGGGUAGAAAACAAAACAUGUACAAUGAGCACCCAUUACAAUCAGAUUAUACCAAAUGGCUUGAAUCAAUAAUUAUAAUGGAACACUUUAAAGAAUUAUCAUUGAUUUGUCAUAUCACUGAAAGAGGGAACCCAUUUAAACCACGUACGCUGAGAAUUGAUGACCAAAACCUUUCCGUACGCGCAUUAUACGCAUGAUGU